AUGGAGGAUAUUUUUCUCAAGGAUUGCACUGCAACGUUUAAGCUGGCUCCGAGUUAUGGAUGCGACGGACGAUUGUAUCAUCUCAGUGGAAGGGCAAACCAUCCCCAGCACGGAGAAAUAGCUUUUAUCGUUGGAUAUGCAAUCAAAAACCGUCAACAUUGGUUGGAUUACGGUGACUUCAUGCAAAUUAUGGAGGGGGAAAACUCAGAUUUGCGGAAGCUGACUCACGACGUUUUUAACAACUCCCUGGAGCUGUAUCCUUGGCUUUACGACGGCACUCGCAGAAGUGGCACGGGCGUCUGGGGCGAAGAAUUGAACCGAGGAAACAUUCUUCUCAUUGAAAUUAUUCGAGUGGAUGAAAAGUUUAUCCGCAAAGGGGUCGGGUCAUGGCUGCUAAAGAAAUUCUUGAAUUCCCCACAUUGCACGUCUGCGCAAAUCAAUCGUCAAAAACCUCAGAAAUUUGACGAAGAUCCACUUGUGCGUCAGAUGCAAGAGGCCAUUCAACGAUAUCCUGUUUUUGCCCGUCCCCAAAGGCCGGUUCCGCAUGCGCAUAUAUUUUGCCUUCCUGGAACCAUUGGUAGAAAAUUUGUAACAGAAGACGACAUCAUUGCAUUUUUCCGAAAGAAUGGAUUCCGACGGGUCGGGCGUACUCAGUUUUUAUGCUAUUCAAGCGACCCGGACCAUCCCUCCCACAAUCUUGCUCUGGCGGAAGACCCUUUAUAUCUUGCCCAAGAAUUUCCUGAGGAACCUGCACCAGAUACAGUCGAUCUACACGCCACAAUUGCCAAAAAGGAUCUGCCUAACAUCGCAGAUGCUAUCCGGAAGCAACACUCGAUCGAUCCCACAAGCAUUCACCAAAAGAAUAUUGUGGGCUUCACACCCACUCACGUUGCAGCCCUUUCACGGAACCGAAACGCAUUGGAGGCUCUUCUUGAGCUCGGCGUACAAGAUGAUCUCAAACUCACGGACAAUAAGCUGGGUGCGACACCAUUGGAGGCUCUGGAAGAAAGCAUGUGUUUAUAUCGCGCAACGAAGGAACACGUCUGGAAUACUUGGAAAGGGUAUCCGUCUGCAGAUUUGAGGUGUCAGUUUCUCCUCAAGAAGGCGUUAAAUAUGCCAUUUUCGGCUGCUACAGAGGAAGAAUACUCCGCGAAGUAUCGGUUGGGUUGUACUUGUGGGCAGUGCUCUCAAGGCUGGCUUUCGCGCAGAAUGAGAUAUCGUCUUGCAGUCACGGCCAAUGAUUUGUACGACACACCGCACGAGCUUUUUGAGAUGGGGUGUGCGUCCGCCAAAGAAUCCGGAAAACCCUUUAACCUUCAAGAUUUCUCGUUCUCUACCGAUCUUGCGCAUAUUCCACCUGUCAUGCACUCAAAGAUGGACGAAGAAUUCUGUCGCCUUUGGCUCAAAUUGUUUCAGACGAUUUACGUGCAGCUCAAAAAGACUGACGGUAUGAUGAUACCAACUCCAGCGCAACUGUCACAGUUUCCCAUCGCGCGUGCUCUCAUCGGCAAAGGUGCAAAGGUGGAAUAUGCGCUCGACCUCUUGACGAAUACGGCCAGGGAUCAAUCACCCUUUGGAGAUGGGACCUUCGACGAGAUGGGCUUGGAAGACUACGAUAAGCUCCCUCGUUGUGAUAAUGACCUGGCAUUUGGUUUCGUUCGGGAAAAGCUAGGACUUGACCCUCGAUUACAAUGGGGGCCAUAUUCAUCUAUCGCAUCCUGUAUGGGCGGUUCGUAUCUAGAGAAUCUGGGCCUUGACGCAGAACGAGCAGAAUGUUUUGAGAGGUUGUUAAACAUGGGCGACAAGGACACGUUGGGUGACGAUGAGGAUGAGGACGAUGAGGAUGAAGACGAUGAGAUGGAGGAAGAUGACGAUGAUGAUGAUGAUGAGUGA